CAAUAAAACAAUAAAACGCGAAGAGUCUAAAAAAUUUUGUAAUAUCACUUUUAAAUACGAUUUUAAUGUAAUUUGGUUUACAAUAUUCGAAGAUGAAUAAAAAAAUUAAUUCAUUCUUCACUCGGUGUAUUAAUUUCUCUUUUUUGCAGAAUUUUAAAUUAUGUCGUUGCAGCCAAUGAGCAAUAAAUUGCCUAUAUUACAAAUAUAAUGUAAUAUGAUGAAAAUAUCGUUUCGGAAUAAACGACAAACGACGCAAUAAACGUCCCAAACGUUUUCAACGUUUUACGACAGUAUUAUCAUUACGUACAUUAUCGUUGUAUAUAAUUAAAAUAAAGGAGCUGCGCGUGACAAUAAAACGCAACGCGUCGUCAAAGAGUUGCAGAAGAGACCUACAGGCUUUUUUUUGGUUUGUUUUCAGCGUGUGAAGCGCGAUCGAAGUGAAUCUCAUUAUCGCGGAGUGAUAAUCUAGGUGACGUACGAUCGAACGCAGACAAUCCGAUUACGAUAUCGGCAACGGUGAAUUCGGUUUCGUCAGACGUAGGCGAUUGCCGCGAUUUCCCGUCCGCAGUGAUUUCCAUCUCGCGUGUAGGAGAAAGCGAAGGGAAGAUGAAGGCCUGGCAGGAAGCGUCGAGUUUGAUAUUAGCAGCACGGCACGGGCAAACGUACGGUCGUGUGGCGUCGCCUGCAGUUCACAAUUACAAGCUGCUAUGCCUCAAGCGUCAUCAAAAGUCGAGUUUCAUGCCCGGGCUCUACGUAUUCCCGGGCGGCGCGGUGGAUCCAGCCGAUGCCAAUUUGAAAUGGCGCAAGCACUUCACCGCCUUCGGCCUGGGGGACGACAAGCUCGCGUCUCUGGUGCCAAGGACCGUGUCGCGGCCGCAGAUCUUUCGUUCGAGGGAGAACGAGCUACUUAGAGAGAUCUCGCUACGCAUCACGGCGAUUCGCGAGACCUUCGAGGAAUGCGGGAUACUGAUAUGCCGGCGUGACAGAGACGGCGGAGCUCAUUCCGGCUGGGCCGAGCACGUGGCAGUUCCCCAGGGCGAGUUGCAAACGUGGCAGAGCAAAGUCCACGAGGAUGCAACGGAAUUUUUCAAUCUCUGUCAGAGGUACGAGUGCUAUCCGGAUCUGUGGGCACUGCACGAAUGGAGGAAUUGGCUGACGCCUACGGCCGUGUACGAGAAGCGCUUCGACACCGCCUUCUACCUGGCCUGCCUGCCGGACGUACCUCACGCCGAAUACGAGGCUAAGGAAAUGGAGGAUCUGAAAUGGGACACUCCGGAGAAGCUUUCUACGAUGGGUAUCACGUUCCCGCCACCGCAACAGUACGAGAUCGCCAGAAUGACUAAAGUGAAAAGCAUAGACGAGCUUCUGGACAUCGCCGUGGAACGUAAUAAAGAAGGCUCGCAGUUGUAUUUGCCGAUAAGUGUGUAUCUAAAGGAUGGCGUCAUGCACGUCUUACCUAGUGACACGAUGUACCCGAAAAAAGUUGAAUUGUUUGAAAAACAAACGAUCGACAAGUCGGAUAUUACCACAGAGGAAUUUCAAAAAAUAAGUCCGUUCAAGAAUAGAACUGAAUUUCUUGAUACGCAGAUAAAUGUAAUUUUUACUGAUAACGGCGAGGAUAAUCGUGUGUCAUUCCCAUUACCUGGAUACUCGAAGAUAGCGUACGGAAAAGAAGAACCUAAAAAUAAGCUUUAACUAAAGGAAUGUUCGAUUUUUGUUUGAGAUAAGUCGCCAAUGAGACAUGUUAAAUAAGGUUUCAAGAAAGAAGUUGUUGAGGUUUUUCUUAAAAGACUUGCAUUAGCUCUGUUAUAUUUUUAUAUGAUACGCUUUGUAUCUUUUUAAUAAAUUGUUAACCAAAACGUU